CGUCCGGGACCGAUUGUGUGCGCGUGCGUGCGCCGACCGCCGAGCGCCGUUUCAUUCUCUUCUGCCAGAGACGCGCAUUUCUUUUAUCGCCGGUAGACCUUGAAUCAGCUCCAGAGAGUCUGGCUCCGGAUAGAGCUUCAGUCUGCUGGCUUUUAUUUCACAAGUUGUCGGCUUUCGUCAAUUCACAGUUCCGACAGUUCCGUCUGGACAAAAAAACGGCGGUACCGACUGGGCGUUGCUGGAGGAAAAGCGCUUAAGAUUCGGUCAGUUGUCGCUGUCUGAUAGCAGUAAACUCUGACUAGUGGACUGAGUCCUGGGUUCCUGAUUCCUCUUCUCCUGAGACGGCCUACCAGGACUAGGACAAGAUGAAACCGGAUGGUGUUGACACGACAACAAUGGAGCCAAUGGAGGCAUUAAACGCAGGUCCUGUGAUUGAGGUGGCGCAAGUGGGUGAAGCUCAAGACCAGUGUUUGCCUGGCAUGCAAACAGAAGGUGAAACACAGCCAACAGAGGCACUUUUAGCAACCAACAAGACUGAAAAGGACAAGCCUGCAGACCCCAAAGCAAAGACAAAGGCUCCUGUCAAAACAAAGGCACCCACUGCUGGAACCAAGGCAUCCUCAACCAGCUCCCGUCCCACCACUGGCCAAAGCCGCUUGACAAAUGGAACGCAGAAGCCACAAACUAAUGGUGUCACCAAAAAGACCACCACAGGAGCCCUGGAGAAGAGCUCCUCAACCACUGCUGCCUCUAAAAAAACUAGUAGUACUGCACCCACAACCAAGACCCCUACCAAGGUGGCUGAGAAAAAGCCAGUGGGGAUGGCAAGACCUCCGAGUGCUUCAACUAAUGGAGUAAAGACAACAGGGACAGCACAACCAAUCAAGAAACCCCCUGCUGCACCAGCUAAUGAUCUGAAAUCCAAACCAAAAGCUAUAGCUCCAAGACCCGCCUCGGCAUCCACCACCAAGCCCAGCACCACUGGUUCUCCCAAACCUGUCUCCAAGACAACCAGGCCUGCUGGAUCUGCUCCCACUGCCCGGUCUUCCCCUGCCACUCCAAAGCCGGCGACACCCACAGCUGCUGCUAAGACAACUACAUCAGCAUCCAGGCCAACUACUGCUACACCCAAGACACCAUCCACCACUGCUAAACCCUCUUCUGCUAAAACUACAGCGCCCCCUGCUGGGCGCACACCCACUCUGCCCCCUAAGACCACAACACCUGUCAAGAAAGAUGUCAGCAAGCAGCCAUCUACCCCAGCGGCUAAGAAGCCCUCUGCCUCUCCACUCACCCGGCCAGCACCAUCCAAGACCACCAAACCCGAUACCCCCAAGUCAGCCACCCCUGCCAAGCCAGAAUCGGCCUCCAAGAAACCUACAACCUACAGCAAAGUGGCAGAUGCUAAGACUAGUAAACCCAAGGAGAGCAAGGCUACACCUUCUAAGGAGGUCAGCGCAAGCACCAAGACCACAGGCAGCAAGCCCAGUGCUAAAGCAAGCAGUCCAAAGAAGGCAGUUGGCAGCAGCACUCCAAUGCCAGUGAAGCGUGGCCCUAAAGCUACCCAGCCUGCAGAUGCUGCAGCCACAGAUGGUGAGAAGGAUGAUGCGGUACCCACUGUGGCUGUAGCUGCAGCCGCUACUGUAGCUGCUGCUGUUGCUUCCAUGGCAAACACUGAGGAAACACCAGAAGACUCAGCUACACCUGUUCUUCCUGCUUCCUCUGAGGAGUCACCUGAGGACUUGCUUAAACCUGUCAUUCCUGCUGUCUCUGAGGUUAAAUCUAAAGACUCGUUUACAUCUCAUAUUCCUCCUGCCUCCAAGGAGACAUUUGAAGAAACCGUUCCACCUGUCAUUCCUCCUGCCUCAGAGGAUGUAUCAGAAGACAAAGUUACACCGGUCAUUCUGUCUACCUUUGAUAAGGCACCUGAAGAAAAAGUUACAUAUCUCAUUUCUCCUACCUUUGACGAGACACCUGAAAUUACACCUGUCAUUCCUCCUGCCUUUGAAGAGGCACCUGCAGAUAAAGUUCCACCUGUCAUUCCUCCUGCCUCAGAGGAUGUAUCAGAAGACAAAGUUACACCGGUCAUUCUGUCUACCUUUGAUAAGGCACCUGAAGAAAAAGUUACAUCUCUCAUUUCUCCUACCUUUGACGAGACACCUGAAGUUACACCUGUCAUUCCUCCUGCCUUUGAAGAGGCACCUGCAGAAAAAGUUGCACCUGUCAUUCCUCCUACAUUUGAAGAGGCACCUGCAGAUAAAGUUGCUCCUGUCAUUCCUCCUACCUUUGAGGAGGCACCUGCAGAUAAAGUUGCACCUGUCAUUCCUCCUACCUUUGAGGAGGCACCUGCAGAUAAAGUUGCACCUGUCAUUCCUCCUACCUUUGAGGAGGCACCUGCAGAUAAAGUUGCACCUGUCAUUCCUCCUACCUUUGAGGAGGCACCUGCAGAUAAAGUUGCACCUGUCAUUCCUCCUACCUUUGAGGAGGCACCUGCAGAUAAAUUUGCACCUGUCAUUCCUCCUACCUUUGAGGAGGCACCAGCAGAUAAAGUUGCAUCUGUCAUUCCUCCUACAUUUGAAGAGGCACCUGCAGAUAAAGUCGCUCCUGUCAUUCCUCCUACCUUUGGGGAGGCACCUGCAGAUAAAGUUGCACCUGUCAUUCCUCCUACCUUUGAGGAGGCACCUGCAGAUAAAGUUGCACCUGUCAUUCCUCCUACCUUUGAGGAGGCACCUGCAGAUAAAUUUGCACCUUUCAAUCCUCCUACCUUUGAGGAAGCACCUGAAGAAACAGUUAUACCUGUAAUUUCUCCUACCUCUGAGCAUGCACCUGAAGACACAGUUGCACCUGAAAUUCUGCCUACCUUUGAUAAGGCAUCUGAAGAAACAAUUACAUCUGUCAAUUCUCCUAAAUUUGAUGAGAUACCUAAAGUUACACCUGCCAUUCCUCCUACAUUUGAUGAGGCACCCGAAGAAUCAGUUACACCUGUCAUUUCUCCUACCUCUGAGGAGGUGGAACUCAUCUAUCCCCAAGACCCCCAGAGCAUGGACUUUUAUAAAGAUGACAGUGCCAUGUCCCAGCUGGCCGCUCAAGUUGACCUGGUCAGCCUGGAGGAACCAGUGCCUACUGUGUCUCCCCUGGGCACCACAGUAUUGUCCCCUCCAUCCUCUCCCACCAGACCAAUGUCCAUGCCAACUGAGCUCCAGAGCUCAGCUCCCUUUCUGGGCUUGCAGGGUCCAGCUGAACCCUGGGCUCAGAGCACGUCACUGUUCCCCAGCACUGUUACCCCAGAGAGCCAGGAGCAGGAUGAAGAAAUAGUGCAUGAUGAUAUACAGAUGUCCUCCUCUGCAGCAGAGAAUCUGAUUGGAGACUUUGAUCUGCUAAGCUCUACUAGUGCAGAUCACUUCAGAAGUACAGCUCCUGUCUCCACCUGUCAGGAGAGAGAGGAGGCAGUGGAGAAAGCCGAAGAAGAAAUUAAUGAAGACAUUCAUGAUGAUGAAGAGGUGGAGGAGGAAGAAGAGGUGGAGGAAGAAGAAGAGGAGGAGGUAGAAGAAGAGGAGGAGAAAGACGAAGUAAGGGAGGUUGACAUAGAGCAAGCGAUGCCCCAAAAAGAAAUGGAGGAUGAUUUUAAAAAAGGAGUGGCAGAUUUUGGCAGCUCUGAUUGGGGUAUGAUGCAAUCAGAUGACAUACACAGUGGUUACAAACUUGAUGCAGAAGUGACAUCUCCCUUCAGUGCAGAAAACACUUGCAGUGCUAAAGGUGACCUCUUCAUGAGCGAAGAAGAAAGGGAACAGCCAUUCACAGGGCCUCCUGGAAUCCAGUCUUUCAGCGAAGAGGAGGAUGAGGAAGAGGAUGAGGAUAAAGAAGAAGAGCAUGAGAAGGAAGACAUGGAUGCGGGGUCAGAACAAGAUGAGCAUCACACACAUCAAAAAGAAUUAGAGGCGAUGGAAGAAGAUGUGGAGAUGGUCAGUGGAGGCAUGGCUGAGAGUGGACUUGGGGUUUGUGGAAAUGAUGGUGAUGGUGUUGAUGAUGACAAUGAUGGUGGUGAUAAUUACACAGAGGAGGGGCAUCUGGAUCUGGACAACAUGGGCCACACUGCACCAGCACCAUCUAUGCCCAUCACAGAAGUCUGGAGUCAUUCCAAUCCAUUCUCUGAUCCCUGGGCACAGCCCACUUCCAUUCUGUCUGAAUCAAGCUUGUUGGUCAUGAGAACUACAGAUUCGGAAACCCACACCAAAUUUGCCACUUAUCCCGACACAACCACCAACUUUUCAGCUGAUCCAGACACCCCCCCUAAAUCUCCAGCUGGGGCCUUUCUGGAAAUGAGUCCACCCCUGAUCCAGACUUCAGAACCUCAACAUGACAUCCAAGAGGAGACAGACAGCUCAGUCCCAGCAGAGUCAGGCAUCUUGGCAGCACCUGCCAUCAGAAUGUCCCAAUCCAGCACUCUAAGUGGGACAGCCCUGGCUGCCCACAGCAGCAGUGAGACCAGCACACCAGAGGAGCUUCAAGAUUACGAUAGCAGUUCAGGUGUAGAGUCCCGAUCAGACAUACAGCAGACACCAGUCCCUACCAUGCAGACAGAUAUGGAGCAGGACCUUGGUAUCCAUCUGGAGCGUGGCGAUGGGGAGGAGGAAGAGGCAGAAACACUGCCUGCGGAUGAGGUGCUGGGUGAUGCUGCAACAGCACCAGCCUCUGUUCCAUCCUCACCCUCAACUUCUGGUGAUGAGGCCAGUGAUACAGAGGGUGAGAUGCAGAUCAAUGACCCUGAUGUUGUGGCUGAAGAGAGCACUUCUGUCUCCCACAACCUUGCUGCCCUGGAGGAAGAUGAGGAGGCCCCUGAGCACAUUGGAGAGGAAGAUGGCGAUACUCCUCAGUCGGCCAACUCUGUGGCCUCCUAUGGUUUCGACUGCUCUGCAUCUAACUCCAAUGCCCACUCCACAGCUGAGAGCUGUGGGAAGAGUCCAGGUAUCUUUAGCCUGGAAAAUGAGGAGCAGCUUCCAGAAGAGGCCAAGAAUCCCUUUUUCAUCAAGGAGCUCACACUGCCAGCAGCUUCUGCCUACAGCGACGAGUUGUUGGGCUGCCCAGUGGAUUUGCUGCCUAUCAGUGAGCCCAAAGAGAGUGAUGCUGGCUUUGACGAGCACAACAUGUUGUGCAGGAAGACAGAUCCAAGUGCUAUGGAGGAGGUGGAUCCUGAGUCCCCCAUGCAUCUCUCACCCCAACAUGGGGACCAUUUAGAUGGCCAACCACCCUAUUACUCUGCUAUAUGUGAUAAGACUGAUAACUUUCUGGCAGGUAACGUAUGAAGUCCCUCCUUUGGAAUGCACCUUGUCUACCCUAAACCCCAUGCCCACCACCCUUUGUUCUACAUUUCUUCCAAAUGUGGGGUUAGCAGGAAGAAAUGAAUAGUAAUAAGUAACAGAAGGGGGAAGAGAAAAGGGGAGCUGUCAUGUGAGGGAUUAUAGCUUUGUCUGAGCUGCUCUCUGUUCUUCUAUUACCAUCGUCAUGGUUAUGAUUGUAUGGCUUAAAAUUAUGUAUGUACAGUAGCUAUUCUCAUUUUCCAGUAGAAUGUACUUUUUAAAUAACACUGCAUUUCAUAGCAUCCCUGAACCUGCAAUGUUAGAAAAAGUUAAGAUUAAGUCCUUUAAUGAAAGGAGAGAAAAAAGAGUGAAGAAAAAAAGAAACACAUGGGAUGGACUCAACCUAUCUUUGUAUUUAUCCUACUGUUUUUACCGAUCAAAUGUCAAUUUUUUAUACUUUUUUUUUCUUGUUUUUUGUUUGAUUUGUUGUCAAGAUCCCUGUCUUACCUAAAUGUUUGUACACACAUCAGUUUUCCUGCACUGUAAAGCUAGCUUUAUUGUCAUUUUAAACUUGUUCCAGUGUCCAGCCCUAGCCUUUUUAGCAUUAAAUACAGGUUAGAUAUUCUACAGAAGCUUUUCUCUCAAGUGUUUGACAUAGGGAGGUGAAUGAGUGUUAGAUGGCAAGUCAUACUUCAUUUUUUUGCUGUGUUUUAGUUUUGAGCUAACUUUCAAGAACUGCUGAACAUUUUUGUGAAGGGUAACAUAGAUUCUCAUUGGCACGUAACUUAACUGUUUUAAAGUACUGGGCUCAGAUUGAUCUGGAUUCUUUCAUUUACAGUAGUUGGACAUUUGUACUUCGGAACAGGCUAACCAUUUCUGUUUAUGGAAAUUGAAGAGUGUUUUCCUGCAUCUGUAAAUCUUAAAAUGAUGCUCACAGUUCAAUGUAUUGUCAGUAUUGGGACAUUUGAACAAGAAUUGGAACUGCAUGUGCAACUAAUUAAGAAACUGUUAUUAUCUUGAUAUGAUUCCAGACAUAUAAUAUUGGGACAUUAAUGAUUCUCAAUAACUUCAAGGUUCUUUCAAAAUUCCAUUAAACAUCAUUCAAGACUGUC